AUGAGAUUAUUACUCAUCCUUAGUUAUUUUAUUGCAGCAGUCUUGUCGCACGCGACUAUUACAACCCUUCCAAAACCCCAACCGACUCCCCAGGCUACUUGUGAUCCAGAAAACAUUGCUCCAGCUUGCGAUUUUACGCCUGGUGCAAGAUCAAAAAGUUGUGGUUUUCCUAAAUUUAAAGAUUUUAAAUACCAAUAUGUCAAAUGGAUUGAGGAUGAUAUCUACCAAGUCUGGGUUGAAUUUGAAAUAUCAGACGGCAUCACUAAAGCUUCACUUUCCACCCUUGAAAUGUUAGGUUUGGAAACGCCUAAUAAUUAUUUAAACGGUAAGCUUGUAUUGAUGAACAGAGCAAACAAAAUUGAUCUUGUCGGUACCGCUGAAAGACAUUUUAGCGUUGUUUAUUUAAUGAAGGCAACUCGUGUCGGUAACAAAGCUUGUGCUCAUCCAAUUAGAUAUGAAUAUACCUGGUGCAAUAAGCUAGACGGAUCUUAUAUUCCAGCCAACUGCGACAACGCAAAAUUGCCUUUUUAUGCUCUGUACGUAUUUGAAUGUCCCGUUGGAGAAGAUUUAGUUGAUGGACCAAUGUUCUGUUGGGAUUUGCAGUGUGGUGUGCCUUUGCCUGAAACAUCUACUGAAGAACCAGAAACAUCUACCGAAGAACCGGAAACAUCCACUGAGGAACCAGAAACAUCCACUGAGGAACCAACAACGUCUACUGAAGAACCAGAAACAUCUACCGAAGAACCAGAAACAUCCACUGAAGAACCAGAAACAUCCACUGAGGAACCAACAACGUCUACUGAAGAACCAGAAACAUCUACCGAAGAACCAGNGAACCAGAAACAUGAGUCAAGUGCUACAACUACUACAACUGAUACGGCUACUACAACUGAUACGGCUACUACAACUGAUACUCUUACUUCAACUCAGUCUCAAUCUGAAACUACCAAGACCGAGUCCAGUGAUGUCACGCCCACAACAAUUAUUACAACUACAAUUUCUGGUACUUCUACCAUUGAAACUAUUUCGACAACAUCUUCCAUUGAUACCUAUGUCACCAUCAUUACUGUUCCAACUUCUGUUCGUACUUCAACAAUACUUCCAGAUGUUCCUGAUGUUACUAUAAGUGUUAUCAUUGACACUGUCCUGGAAUCACAAACCGCUCCAAUUCCUUCACAAUAUGACGAUGGAGCAAAUUCUAAAAGUCUUCACGUUCUCGUUGCAAUGCUUGCUUUUAUUAAUGUUAUUUUAUGA